AUGUGGUCAUACUUCUGGCAUAUUGCAUUUACAGCGUUGCUGACGCUAGGACGGCUUACCGCAGGCAUUCAGCUUGAUAUCAAUGAUCCGAAUUCGAUCAAAGAUGCCGCCGCAACCGCCGCCUACGGGAUGAUGACCUAUUAUCACGGCAACGAAUCCGGUCAAAUUCCAGGGAAGCUUCCGGGCACAUGGUGGACGGGUGGUGAGGUAUUCAUGGCACUGGUGCAGUACUGGUACUGGACAGGAGAUACCUCAUACAACGAUGUUACCAAACAAGCCUUGAUCUGGCAAAAAGGCCACAAUGACUAUCUACCGGACAAUUAUACCCAAGAUUUGGGCAACGACGAUCAGGUAUUCUGGGGUCUCGCCGCGAUGACUGCCGCCGAAUUGAAUUUCCCCGAAGAUGAAGAGGUGUCGUGGCUCGCACUGGCGCAAGGAGUGUUUAACACUCAGGCGGAGAAAUGGGACCCGGAUACUUGCCAUGGUGGCCUGCGGUGGCAGAGAAAUUCGUGGAAUGGAGGGUACGAUCUUAAGAAUUCCGUCUCCAACGGAGGGUUCUUCCAGCUCGCUGCUCGUCUUGCACGAUAUACCAAGAAUGAAACUUAUACUGAGUGGGCAGAGAAGGCGUUCACCUGGGCCACAUCUGUUCCUUUGAUCAUCGAGAAAGGGUGGACUAUCAAUGAUCUGGUUACGGUGGAAUCGAAUUGCCAGGCACCUAACCAGAUGCAAUGGUCUUACAAUUAUGGCAUCUACUUUAAUGGUGCUGCGUACAUGUAUAACUUGACCAAUGGCGAUACGAAAUGGAAAAAUGUCGUGGAAGGCUUAUUGAAUACUACAUGGCGCAAUUUCUUCCCACAGGAGUAUGGGGGUAACAUCAUGGUUGAACCAUGCGAGCCUCAAAAGCAAGGAGUUGUACCAUGCGAUGGCAAUCAGUCCACAUUCAAGAGUUUGGUCACCGCUUGGCUCGCCUUCACGACCACUAUCAUGCCCGAGACACUGGACCAGAUCUUGCCCAAAUUACAGGGGUCUGCAGAGGGAGCAGCAAAACAGUGUUCCGGACCCUCCCCAGACAAGAUAUGUGGACAGCGAUGGUUUCUUGAUAAAUACGAUGGGGUCACCGGCCUCCGUGAGCAUAUGUGUGCGUUGAGCGUUUUCACUGCGAAUAUGGUUCCAUUCAAGACCGGAAACCGUGAUCAAGGUCCAUUGACGGCGGACACUGGAGGAACUAGCAAAGGUGAUCCGAGUGCAGGAACGGGGAGUCGCAAACCGGAGAAGGACAAGCCACGAGAGAUAACGACAGGAGACCGUGUCGGCGCCAGCAUUGCGACGGUGGUUGUUGUGGGUAUAUGGCUUGGAAUAGCGGCCUUUAUGGUGACUGGGGGUUGA